UCAGUUUGAAGUGUGAACCAAAAUUGUAUUGAGCUUAGCUAAUUUUUUUCCUUUUCUUUUGUUUAUUAGCCAAAAUUCGUUGUUAUAAAUUAAAGUGGUUUAUAUUAUUGUAAGAGUAUAUUGUGGUAAUAUUUUAUUGUAAGAGUUUUUGGAUUUCGAAAAAUCUCUGCGAAUGUCGUGGCCAAAUGCUGGAGUGAUGACUCUAAAAGAGGGUGGUGGCAGUGGUGCACCGUUGGCCGGUGGUUUGGCACCCGAUUUAAAGCCUUGGCAACGCAUCGAUUGGCCGGGCUGUGUCCAGGCUCGUCUCUACAAUGACUGGGGACAGUAUUAUGCCCGUCGAUUGCUCUAUAAGAAGGCUCUGGAGUGCUAUGGUCGAGCUCGUGCCGUUUGCCAAGAGGAAGGCGCACGACCCACAGGGAUUUCAUGUGUAGCACCGAGACCCAAUAUGCCAUUAGAAAUGCGUCAUUGUUAUAAUCCUGAGGAGAAAACCUGUAGAUAUCGAUAUGUGACGCUUUUGAAGCAGGCUCAAUGCGAACGAUCGUUGGCUAUGCCUAAACAGGCCUGGUUAACUGCUGUACGUGCUCAGGAAAUAACUCACGAACAACCGGAAGUAUAUGAAGAUAUUAUACUCGAACAAUGCGAUGCUCUUUACGAUGACAAUCGAUUUGAGGAUAAUUUGUGUACACUCUAUUCGGAGGCAAAUCGUUUCAAUUCGAUAAACAAUAAACAGCGUCUUGAAAAUCGUCUGACUAAAACUCUAACCGUUUUUAAUCACACUGUUGGCGAUACCCUAAAUUGGUUCUUUAAACGGAAUUUCGCUAUGAUUCAGGAUAUCGAUCGUCGCCGCAAGACAUUAGCUGCCUUUGUGCCACGCCCCCUGUGGAAAGAUAUGAAAGAGCAAAAUAAAUGCGAUGUCCAAAGUGUUAUCGAUAAGCCAACAGUUUAUCUAACACCAUUGGAAAAAGCCCGUCGUCGUGUCUGUCGGAAUAUCUUUAACUAUCAAUAUCUAGGACGUAGUGCCAAGGAUGUGGCCUUAUUGAGAGAAUUGCAAGACAAUUCCAAUUUUCUUAAUCCCCAUCUACGGGAAACGACUCCUUUCCUGCGACAAUUCAGUGCCGAACAAUACAAAACAGUGCGUAAAUUUUUGAGAAUGAUGCAUGCCCGCAAUCCUUUGUAUAAUCGUAAUCAAUUAAAAGGCCACGGUUCGCAGGCCUGCGAAAGGACACUCAAUAGGCAUUUAUAUCGUCUGGAAUAUCAAACAAGACGCGAUUGUUUCCGCAUCUUACGCGAAGUCCGUCAACGUCGCCGCGAACGAAAUAUCGAACAGAUGACAAACUAUGUGGAACAUAUAAUGUCAACAUAUAUCGAUUUGAAGACCCAUCGCAUAUUACCCUGGAAAUUUGAGUUUGUCAAUGAGAUAUACAAUAUAUUGGCGUUGGCCCAUAUCGAUCGUUGUGCCGUGCCGACAAAUGUUGAUUUUCUGAAUCCAAAAAAUCGUGGUCUACUCUAUCAAUUGCCAGCUGAACGUAUUAAAGAUAAGACCAUCAAUUUUUGUGGUCGAAAUUUAUAUAAAGAUGUACAAAAGGAUGAAGCGCGUCACAAUCGUAUCAAUCAGAAAUUGGAUAGUCUGGAGGAUCGAUUGCGUCACUCUCGUUAUUCCAUCGAAAGGUGUUAUGUUUUAUUUGAAAUGGCUAGAAAUCAUUUUAUCGAAUCACGUUUCGACAAAUGUCUGACUAUGGCACGCAAAGCAGUCUAUGAGGCUCGCAAUUGCAAGAGUUUAAUUUGGCGUUUUAAUACCAUUUUUCUGGUGUGUCAAGUUCAUGCCACACUCAAUCGUUUUGAACGUUUGAAAGAAUCAUUGACCAAGGCCAGUCAAUUGGCCGAAGAAUUGAAAUCACCCAAAUUGGUGGCCUAUCUAUCCAUUUGCAUAACAGUUAAUGAUCACGAUUUGGGCUUGAGGCGUAUGCGCUAUGCUGAGCAAAAUGUGCGUAACAAAAAUCAUAGGAAUAACGAGGAUUCAAUUCACUCAUUGGGCAGUCACUCGAGCCAUCAUAAAGUACUCCGAAUAACAGGCAAUUGGUCUAAAUCAAAGGACAGAGAUGCGGACAGUGGCAGUACUUCGGGUAUUCUAGUUAGUUUUUAAAAGCCAUCCAACUUUUUGGAGGUCUUAAAGUCUAACUGGAAUAUCCAAGUAACUGCUUACCGAUUCAUAGUAUUUGAUUGAUUUUAGUUUUUUGUCUUUUCUAACCAAUUUUACCUACUCUGUACCUGUUGUCAUAUAUUAUAAUCAAUGGCCAUUAAAUCUAUCAAUCUGGAUCAUAGUAACUCUAUGAUUAGAAUA